UUUCAUUGGCGAGGCGCAGCACCACAGGCAGACCCCGAUGCACCGCGGUCACAACCACGAUGCGCGGGGCGCAGCUAGGGCAAGGUCGGUCAGCGCAGUGGGCGGGUCGUGCAACGUUGCGCAACCGCAGGGUGCAAGGCUUCAGAAAGUCCAGCGCGGUUGUGCUCAAAACGACGCUCAAAAUGACAGAUGGACUGGGACCUGGGAGGGCGAGGAGGAGCGGAGGAGGCAGGGAGGAAGAGGGGAAACAACCACGAAGGAAGGGAGCGGAAAGAUCGGCAUUCUGCGCACCGUGCGAUGCUCAGGCCGGCAUCCCAGUAUCUUUCUUCACCCAGAACAUGGACCAGCUCGCGGAGUCUUCGUCCGCUGCUUGGCCGCGACGACGCUUCCACGUCCCCAAGCAAAUUUGCCCCGCCCGCCGCACCCUUGCGACAGGCCGGCGGAGCCGUGGCUUCUUUGGCGUGCAACCAUGUGUGGCUUGGGCAUUUAGCCAUAUCGCAACAUGGGGAGUGCCUGAGUGAGGAUCCCGCACUGCCUCUAUCGGGCGACCUGGCCGAAGGAACCCAUGUCGCAACCUGGGGCGUGCCUGAGGGAGGACCCCGGCGUAGACUUUGGCCCUCACGGCGCCCCUUCGCUUGUGGAAGAGGGCGGGAUAACAGGCUGGGAAACGCGGGGCUAGGAAACACGGGGUCAGAUGGCGUGGGCUUUUCGCCGCGCGGCGCCCAAGCUCUGCGGCUUCAGACCGUCCAUGGGGCAGAGAGGGGGGGGGGAGA